AUCAACACAUGGUUCAUUUACAGCCUUAAUCCCGACUCCACUUUCAACGAUUAGGAGAAACCAGCGUCAGAAAAACAUUAGGACCUUCUUCCCAACUCGUUUCACCUUCCAAGGGUUUCUGCUGCUCGGAUCCGAGACCACCUCGAGGAUAUCUUCGACGCGCGUCCUGGAUAAAGGAGAUGGGCAUCCUCUUCACGCGGAUGCUCUCCUCGCUCUUCGGCAAUCGUGAGGCACGGAUCCUCGUUCUAGGCCUCGAUAAUGCUGGGAAAACCACCAUCCUCUAUCGGCUUCAGAUGGGCGAGGUUGUUUCUACGAUACCAACGAUUGGAUUUAAUGUGGAGACGGUGCAAUACAACAAUAUCAAGUUGCAGGUCUGGGAUCUGGGUGGACAGACAAGUAUCAGACCAUAUUGGAGAUGCUACUUUCCAAACACUCAAGCUAUCAUAUAUGUUGUUGAUUCGAGUGACACCGAUCGAUUGGUUACUGCUAAGGAUGAAUUCCAUGCUAUCUUAGAGGAGGAAGAGCUAAAAGGUGCUGUUGUCCUUGUGUAUGCUAAUAAGCAGGAUCUCCCUGGCGCUUUGGAUGAUGCUGCAAUAACAGAAGCCUUGGAACUUCACAAGAUCAAAAAUCGACAGUGGGCUAUCUUCAAAACUUCAGCUAUAAAAGGAGAAGGGCUAUUUGAGGGCUUGGAUUGGCUUAGCAACACUCUAAAAUCUGGCUGAGUUAAAUUUUUGUGAGACCUUGUGUACGCAGCCAGUCAAACUCAGGAGCGUGUAUUCUGAAAAGCUGCAUUGGUUGUAUGUUAACUUUGAUUUCACAUCUUGUUGGUUCGUAGUUUGAUUGGUGGAAGAUGUCAUAGUAUGAGUUUUACGUGUAAAGGUUUGAAGUCAUUGGAGUAAAUAAUUUUACCUUAUUUUAUUCUACUAAAUUUUCUUUGGAACCAAGGAGAAAUUCAAUUCAAGUAUGAUUGGCUGUUUCAAUCA